AUGAAUGACCCAGGAAGCAACGUCAGUCAUUUGGGCAGCAUCAAAAAUGACGGGUAUGAUGUCUUCGUUUUGCUCCUUACCUUUCUGUGUGGAUUUGUAGUCGGCCUUCUGUCCAAAUACGUCAAUGGGAUGAAGAAGAAUGCCGUGCGGAUAAGGGACGCGUGUGUGAACUUUGACUUGAUAUGCAGGAGUGACUGCAAAAUGGUGUUCUGCGUCAGGACAGACAUCAAAAUGAACAAGGGGAAGAUCUGCUCCCAAUGUUGCCACGCCUGCUUAGCAAUUUACGAGAAAAUUCUGAAAAGAAGUAACAAACUGAAGGCCAGCGAAAGUGGGAAAGGCACUCUCACCUAUUUCGACCUCUGGAAAAAGACGGGACAGAAAAAGAUUGUCCUGAAGAUAUCGAGCUUGGACGAAAUGUACGAAAUUGAAAGAAAGGCCAAGAUGGAAAACCUCAUGACGUCCAUAAUCAUCGACGCGGGCCGGACGCAAAUCGAGCCGAACACGGAAACGGUCAUCGCUAUCGAGCCGGGUAUGAAAAAAAAAAAAGGAAUUAAAGAAAUAAACGAAAUGAACGAAAUAAACAGAUCGUUCUUCCGCACGACAACGACGUGUGUCGUCGCGUGA